UCUCCCUUCUCUCCUUAAACCCAUCCUUCGCUUCUUAAUCUUGAUCUGCCUGUCUGUUAAACCCUAUCACUUUCUCUGUCUUCAUUCGCUCUUCUACAAUGGCUCGAUCCAACGCUGUCGUUUUGGUGCUAAUGGCUGCCCUCUUGGUGGCCUCAACAAGGGCACAAUCCCCCGCAUCUUCCCCAGCCAAGUCCCCUGCCUCUGCCCCUUCUCCUUUGAGCACUCCACCCGCUUCUUCACCUUCUCCUUUGAGUACCUCACCUUCUCCUUCGGGCACUCCACCCUCGGCUGCUCCUUCUACAUCUCCGGUCGCAGACUCUCCACCUUCUCCCCCAUCGUCUUCUCCUGAAUCUCCGGCCACCUCUCCCCCUUCUUCGGUCUCAGGAUCACCCGCCGAAGCUCCUGCAUCCAACGGUGUCGUUUUAAACAGGUUCUCCUUCGUGGGAUCCGUGGCCAUUGGGGUUUUCGCUGCCGCCAUGCUUAUGUAAAGAGGGAAAGUACAGCGGGGGUUUUAUGAAUUUUAAUAAUUUGUUUUAUUAUAUUUAAUUUACCAUCUGAUUAAUUCAUUCAUUUUGUAGUUGUUGAUAUAUAUGGGAAUAAAAAGAGACAUUUUUCAGUCA